UUACCAUCUUCCAUUCUUUCAUCUAAAAUUUCUAAAGUCAUGAAGCGUUUUAGAGAGGAGAUGGGAGUAGACACGGAAAGCACAAGCGUUGCAACCUGGCUCAUGUUACUAGCACAUGGGUCCACCACUACAGCAGACCAUGAUGAUCACAUGGCCCACCAGAAGGUGGGCCGCAUCUUCGAGUGCAAGACGUGCAACCGACGGUUCCCAUCAUUCCAGGCUCUCGGCGGCCACCGUGCUAGCCACAAGAAGCCGAGAUCCAUCGAAGGCCAUCAUGACCGUUCACGGCUAAAGCCUCGGACCCACGAGUGCUCCAUCUGCGGUCUGGAGUUCGCAAUAGGUCAGGCUUUGGGCGGUCACAUGAGACGGCAUAGGAAUAUGAUCGACGGCUAUCCUGAAGCGCCUGCGGUAAAGAGAUUGAACACGUCAGCUGGUGUUCGAUUCGAUUUGAAUUUAACUCCUUUGGAAAAUGAUCUUGAGUCAGCAUUUGUUGGGAAGAUUAAUGUGGUCCAUUGAUUUAGUGGACCUCUCUCAAAACCAUCUUUCAUUUCUAUAUUUUGAUGGUUGAUAUUAAUUAAUUGCGUUCUUUGUAUUUUUUAUGGACUUUUAUUUAUACAAGGCUAGGAUGUGUUUAGUAGUUGA